AUGGGCAAGACUUUCACCACCGCCGACGUGGCGGCGCACAACAAGCCGAACGAUCUGUACAUCGUCGUCGACGAGGAUGUCUACGAUCUCACGGCCUUUUCGGACGAGCAUCCAGGUGGCAAGAAGAUCCUCACCCGGGUCGCCGGCAAGGACGCCUCAAAGCAGUUCUGGAAAUACCACAACGAGGGCAUCCUUAAGAAGUACAAGCCCAAGCUGCAGGUCGGAUCGCUCGAUACCAAGAAGGCCGAAGCUCCAACCGCCGCCCCCGUCGAGGAGCAGAAGGUCGUGAAGGAGGAGAAGAAGAAGGAGAUUGCAAAGCCGCAGGCAGAGAGCGGAACCGUGGUGCCCGUGCCAGCCGUCGAGGAGGUGGAGAUUGAGACGUUGGAACCAUUCGGAGAGUUGAUUCCGUUCGCGGACCCGAGUUGGUACCAGGGCUUCCACUCUCCCUACUACAACGAAACCCAUGCCGCCCUCCGCGAAGAGAUCCGCGCAUGGGUUACCGAGAAAAUUGAGCCCUUCGUGGGCGAGUGGGAUGAAGCCAAGAAAGUCCCCGACGAGAUCUACAAGGAGAUGGGCACCCGCGGAUAUCUGGCCGGGCUCUUGGGGAUGAACUACCUGGGCGACUACACGGGCAACCGGAUCAAGAGCGUGCCUCCCGAGAAGUGGGAUCUGUUUCACGAGAUGCUGAUCACGGACGAGCUGUCGCGCUGCGGCUCGGGAGGCUUUGUGUGGAACGUGAUCGGCGGCUUUGGCAUCGGAGGUCCGCCUAUGGUUAAGUUUGGAAAGCCCGAGCUGGUCAAGCGCAUCUUGCCGGGUAUCUUGAAUGGUGACAAGCGCAUCUGCCUGGCUAUCACGGAGCCGGAUGCGGGUAGUGACGUCGCGAAUCUGGGAUGCGAGGCCGUUCUAUCGGAAGACGGCAAGCACUAUAUUGUUAACGGCGAGAAGAAGUGGAUCACGAACGGCGUCUGGUGCGAUUAUUUCACCACGGCGGUUCGGACUGGUACUAAGGAGAGCGGAAUGAAUGGCGUCUCGGUGCUGCUGAUCGAGCGCGACUUCGGUGGAGUCUCGACACGGAGGAUGGAUUGCCAAGGUGUGUGGUCGUCUGGAACGACGUACGUUACUUUCGAGGACGUUAAGGUUCCCGUGGAGAACUUGAUUGGCAAGGAGAACCAGGGAUUCAAAGUCAUCAUGACCAACUUCAACCACGAACGUAUCGGCAUUAUCAUCCAGUGCGUCCGCUUCUCCCGUGUUUGCUACGAGGAGUCCGUCAAAUAUGCCCACAAGCGCCGCACGUUUGGCAAGAAGCUCAUCGAGCAUCCCGUCAUACGCCUGAAACUCGCACACAUGGCUCGCCAAAUUGAAGCGACUCAAUCCUGGAUGGAAGCUAUUAUUCACCAAGUUAGUCAUAUGCCAGAGGAUCUCGCCAUGUUGCGACUGGGAGGACCCAUCGCCGGCUUGAAAGCCCAGGCGACGGUGACGUUUGAGUACUGUGCACGAGAGGCUAGUCAGAUUUUCGGAGGAUUGAGUUAUUCCAGGGGCGGCCAAGGGGGCAAGGUGGAGAGAUUGUAUCGGGAUGUCAGGGCUUAUGCGAUCCCUGGAGGAAGCGAGGAGAUCAUGCUGGACCUGAGCAUCAGGCAGAGUUUAAGAGUGGGUAAGAUUAUGGGCAUGAAGCUGUAA